AGAGAGAGAACAGCGAGGGGGAGGAGACAGGGAGCAUUCCCGUCAGCCUGAAUCUCUCUCAGCCUACACCAUCUCCUCACUCCACCUCAGGCUCAGUAAUGCUGGAUUUGCUAUGAGAGGGAGCUCCAGCGUUUGAAACCUCUGUGCUGCUCGAGGACACACUGAGCCAAAAGCCGGCUAUCAUGGAGGAGGCUGAGCUGCUGAAGGAGAGGCUCCAAGCCAUCACGGACAAGAGAAGGAUCCAGGAAGACAUCGCAAAGAAAAGAAGACGGAUUGAAGAGGAGAAACUAAAACUUCAGUACAUAAAGAAAAAAGCCCUGAGGGAGCAGUGGCUGAUGGACGGUCUGAGUCAGCAGUCGGAGGAGGAACUGGAGGCCAUGAGGCUUCAGGCUGAAGGCGAGCAGCAGCAGAGUGAUGAGCUCCAGCAGAACAUCCUCAGAAUCGAAAAGGAGAUCGAAGUUUUGGAAAUGCAAGAACUGAGCAUCUCUGCCAAUGAGGAGGUGGUCCUGAAACGGCUGAAGGAGGUGGAGAGGACGGCGGAGGAGAUCAUCAGGAAAGCUACCUUGGCAGAGAAAGACACAGAUGGAGAAGAACUGAAAGACGACAAUUUCACCUCUGUCUCCAUGGAAACACCAGAACAAUCAAAUCCUGUGAUGGAGUGUGAGGCGAAGGUCACCGAUUCACCUGAGCAGGAGGAGGAUUUUUCUGAAGAUAAACCAUUUCUAUCAGUGGACCCAGACUCAUCAGACACUCUGAUGGAAACUGUGAGCUCUUCUUUUUCUGACAUGCUCACCAGCACAUAUGAGCUUGAUGAGACUGACCGCUCUGGGACCACUGUUUGCAGUGAGAUGCCUUUCCAGUGUGGAGUAGAAGACUUGGUUUUAGAACCAGAACUUGAGGAACUCGACAGAAAUGAAUCAGUGACAACAUCAGUGUAUGACACUCCAUCCAGUGCUGACAGUGUUUCUCAGAAGGAGGCCCACUAUGAAAAAGAGGAAACACCAGACCAAGAUCCUCAGCACAUUCCUGAACCAGAGGAGGCCAUUGAGCCAGAACAGGACCCAGAACUUCAGGAGAGUUUACAGCCUGUGGAAGAUUUUGAAAUGGGAGAUUUCAGUGAACCAGAACCUGAGCUGGAGCCACAGCUGUACUUUGACACAGAACAGGACCCCGAGUUAGAGUUAUACAGUAUUCCUUAUGCUGGCACAGACAUCAAUGCCCUGUGUCCUGAGGAUGAUGAUGGUUACCAAAAUCUAGAGGAUUACUCAAAUGAGGACCCAGAGGACCAGGAAAUACUCUACAAACCACCUUUUCAGGAAGAAUCAGCAUUAGAGCACUGCAUUAGAGAGGAGGUGAUGUCAGAUGAGUCCUGCCAUGACCUUGAUGAAAUGGAUGAAUGCCUCAGAGUUGAGAUAGAGGAAAACCUGUCAGAUAGUGAGGCAGAUGAAAAAUGGAGAACAAUUUUCUCCUCCUCCAUCAAUAAAGAGGAUGAUGACUCAUAUUUGGACAGUCUUCAACUGAGUGCCCAAGAAUUAUUUGUUCAGAAAGCUGAAGAGGCUAACAUCGAAGAAGAAGACCUCCACAACUUUGAAGAAGUUAGUUUUGAGGUCCCCCAGGUGACAGAAGUCCUGGAACAGCCAAAAGAUUUAGGUUCCUUCCCCACACCCCCACUAGAGGUGAAAUACAAUCCUCUCAGUUUCCAGAGCUUGUCCAAAAUAUCUGAAGAUGAGAAUGAAAAUGGCAAAGACUCCAAUCACAACCAUAGCAAGCACGCCACGACAGGCACAACCAAGAAGCUGCCAAAAGACUUCUGUGUGAUCCAGGAGACAAAGAGUGAGAAUGUUAGCACGGAACAUGUCGAUUUUCAGAUGGCUCGUAAACAGUGGCGUGAAAUGGAAGAACAAAUGAAAAACAAGAUUAUCGUGCCUGCAACCAAGCAGCCAGUCUUGCGUAGCAGUUACAGCUUCAUGCACACACCUGUUCGCAACAUUGAAAGAGCUCACAAUAAAGCACAUGACCUGGAGAACCUGAAUCUGGUCGGUUUCUACCCGCAGACACAGUUCAGCCCUUGCUCAGAGGAUUCAGGGCUAGAUGAUUCCAGCUAUAGAUCGCCCUGUGAUGACUUAGAAACCCCAGUUGAGAGGGAGAUACGCUUUUCAGUGGAGAGGGAGGAACACUUCAAAAGAGAGAGGGGGUUCACUAGGAUGGGCAAAUCAACUGACUGCGCUCCAUCAAGAAGUUUACCCCGGUCCAUAAGCACGCCACUGACCCCCUCGUUCAUUAUCACGUCGUCACCCACUGAGGACCUGAAACAUGAAAUGUCUGCAAACAAUGUCAUUAUUCGGGACCCAACAAAUGACACCACCACAAGCCCAACUCCCGGUAAAGACAACAUGUCCUCAUGGCCUGGCGGCUGGAAGUCUGAAGACCACAGCUCCAACCUCAUCAUCCUCGAGACGUCAAACGUGAUUAUCCGCAGUGCCUCGGAGUUCUCCCUCAACAAGUCCUGUGAGCAGCCAGAAGAAAAAAUGUUCCUGAACAAUCCAUUUUUCAAGCUGCGGUCAAGAAGCACAAUAUCACUGGUGGAUGAAGAAAUUAAGAUGGUGAAGCAAAGAGAGGAAGAGUUGAGGAAAGAGAGAGCAAAUCUGUAUGGCAAAGACGGCUUCAGCACAGAAAAUGUGUUGACUCAUCGCAUGGACACGCUGGCUUUUGACAAGUCAGUUGAUGUACCAGUGAAGUGCAAGUCCUCUCCUUCAUCCCCAAUGAAAACAGCCUACAGGAUGGAUCGCUCUGUCCUGUCCUGCGAUCACAGAUUUCCUGAGGACUACGCAGGAGGGAGACGCAAGAGUGCCAUGGCUAUGCGCUGGGAGGCAGGCGAGUUUAUAAAAAACAACUGAAGAGGAAGACGUGAACCACCUCGCGGGAGAAGGGAAUACCUUUUGGUGGUGAUUUUGUUAUCUUUAGAUGUGCUGCUACAGUUAGUCGCUCCAUGUUACAGCAAAACCGACAUUCUGCUUCUGUGAUGCCUUGGAAAAACCAUAAGAAUGUUUGUGCCACAUGUGUAAGGUAGAGUCCAUUUUUACUUGGAACUAAAAUUUUAUACAACUUACAAUAUGUGAGACUUACAAUAAUCUUACAUAACCCCUAAAAGGGAUAGGAUUAGGUAUUAGGGAUUUGGAACACUUUUCUUUUUUUAAUUUUAUAUUUACACAAACUUGACAUAUUCAGAAAAUCUUUACAUGAAAACACAGUUGGAAGCUGUCUGUUCCAACUCCGACAUUUUUUUCAAAGAUAGUCAACUAAAUACUUGUGAAAUGGACUGGCAUGUUUGAGAAAAAUAAGUGAUCCUUACUAAAGGUGGAUAUUUUUUCCACAGAAGACAAGAUGAUUGAAAAGUUGGAAUUGUUAAACCCAAAGGUACAAUAAUGCCAAAAACGCUAGUGUAAUGUGGAAAGAACAGGUUUCAAUGACAUUAAAACCCAAAACGAGAUGUAAUGAUUUUUUUUCAAUACAAUACAGAAUCAAUUGGGGCUUCAAUGCUCAUCAAAUAUUUUUAAAACUCUAAUGUAGAGCAGCCUGCUCUUGUUUGCAGAUCUUUUGGAAAGUAAGGCACAGGGUCUUCAUUAGGUUUUGGUUUAAUGAUGGCACUGCACAAACAUGGCUGAUUUGUUUGCAUAUUUUAAAUCAAAGCUGUGGCCCAUGCCAAUUUUUGAAGCAUUUAUACUUUUGGUUGGUCUUUACAAAGCCCUGUGCCUCCCAGAAUCAAAAAAGUUAUCUGGGAGGUGACUGUGCCACUGGCGGCUGUCCUGACACACAGUGCUUUUCAGUAAGAGAAACUUACUGUGUUUCAUUUAAGGCAGAAGUGAUUGAUCAAUCAACCAACCAGAAAAUAGCCCAUGAUAUGAGGUUGGAAAGGAACUGGGCGGAAUUAAUCAAGGGGGAGUUGUGUUCCACCAUCCUCAAAAUGUAUAUUUUUAUUGCUUUGCAACAACUUCUGCAAAAGCCAUUAAAACCUGCACGUUCUGCGUGAUCACAUCUUCUUUGGGUGGUUUAGAUUCCCCUACUUGUCAUGAGGUUCUUUGUGUACCUUGAAGUCACAGAUGUUUCUACACAAAGACAAGACUGGAUGACAAGCUUGGUCUCCAAAGAACAAUUUGGCACAAAGACCAAGAGAAAAUAAAGGUGAACUAACAGGCCCCGUCAAUGACAAUCGGUGGGUGGUACACCACCCAGUCGCACUGGUGCACCAGCCUCAAGCAAUAUUGAUUUCACUUUGUAAACAAGCCCCUUGCUCUGGCCCAAGUGCUCAGAAGUCUGCUAUUUUUCAUUGACAGUAAAAGAGAACUGGACUGAGUGACACCCCCCCCCCGGUCCAAACAGGAAGUAGGUGCUGGCUCCAAGAAGCCAAAACCCCAUAGACGUCUAAAGAGAAAUAAACAC